GGCUUCCUUGGCUCAAGCUGGUUCUCCUCAAUUUGCGGAGAGAAAGCUGUAGCAUUCUAAGCAUUUGCAGUAUGGCCACCAUCCUGCGCCUUGCUGCGUUCACUUUCCUAUGUUCAACCGUUGCAGAGCAUUGCUCUGAAUCUGAUCCAUCCUGUGCGGCCAAAGGACAUGAGUUGCUGCAGAAGCACAAAGGAAUAAUGAAGAUGGAGGCGGAUGCCGGGACCAACCUGAUGACGUUUGAAGAGUUUGAAGCCAGGGUAAAGGACUCGUACGCCUCAGCCCAGAAGAAGCUCAAGAGAUCCAAGUUGUUAGUGGAACAGGACUUCCGGAACUUUCACCAGUCUGCGUACCGCGUUUUUGUGAAGGACGAGAGCUGCCUGGAAAACGUGCGUCAGGCGGUGGAUCAUUUUGCCGCGACCACCGGGUUGCCGGAGGAGCUCAACAGCACCGAGCUGGAUGCCUUGAUGGCACGGGUCCUGGAGGAGAUGGAGAUCUACUGCAAGCACGACCACAUUGAGGACAUCACGGAUCCACAGGAGCAAGCUGACCGCUUCAUGACGGACUUCAUGGAAACCCUGGCUCAUGAGCAGCCCGUGAUGACUGCACGUUUGAUGGAGGUGAUCAUGGCUGAUUCUGAGGGCAACUACUCUUUGGACUUCCCGGACUGGCUAUUGAACUUCAGCAUGUUGGACCUCCAUGAUCGCACUGGUCGCGAGAAUCAGGGGAACGUGACCCAUGGAUUGUUGUUAACGCAAAGCAUCAGCUACACAGACAACAUGAAGAAGCGCAGUCUGCCAUCCAGCUUUGAUUCGCGGACUCAUUGGUCAAAUUGUGGUGAGGUGAUUGGCCGCAUCCACAACCAAGGAACCUGUGGCAGCUGCUGGGCCUUCGGUUCAUUGAGCGCGGUGGAUUCGCGUCUUUGCAUCGCCACGGAUGGCAUCUUCAGCGGGUCCCAAGCCCAGCUGAGCCGCGGCUUUGCGACCAGUUGCUCAAAACCAGGGGGUGGCGAUGGAUGCCAAGGUGGCUUGUCUCGCUACGUCUUUAACUUCCUGGCCACCUACGGAAUCCCCACAGGUGGAGAUUUGGGGUGCUCGCCAUACUUCGCACACGGCCAGGGCACCGAGCACUUCGCCACCAGUAACGCUGCGCCCAGCUGCCCGACCACCUGUGGCAACAGCGCUUUCCAGAAAGCCUUGCAUGCUGAUACCUUCAAACUGGGAUUGGAUCAAUUCAUUGAGGUCUACUCCCUGGGCCAUCCGUAUCCCACGUUGGUGUACCAGUUGGCCAAGGAAGCUAUCAUGAGUGGGGGCCCCAUUCCGGCAGGCAUCUACGCAGAUGGAGGAUUUAUGGCAUAUUCUGGAGGUGUCUUCAGCCAUGACUGCACUGGAAGUCCCAAUCACGAGGUCACUGCCAUUGGAUGGGGCACAGACCACUGGAUUGUCCUUAACUCCUGGGGUCCCCACUGGGGCGAGUCUGGCAGUUUCCGUGUGGCUUGGUGCGUGCUCACCGAUUUCACCAUCCCUAAGACCAGCCUGGCAGGCAGCAGUGCAGGGUAUGGAUUUCCACUUGAAGGAAGCACUGAGUCACCGCCAAGUGGUUUGAACCCAUCACAGGUCUAUCAGGCCGUGAUUGACCGUUGGGUUGCCUCUUCACCCACCACCAAAGACAAGGGCUGCCAGUGCACCUCCUCUUGCGCAAACCACGACAAUGAUCCAGGAGGUGUUUGGUGCUUCACUGACGCAGCUUGCCAGGGCACCAAUUGGGGAUACUGCUGGGGUCCCACAACACCUCCACCGACCACCACCGCUGGGGCCACUACCACCACGGCUGGAGCCACCACCACAACUACGACUGCAGCUGCAACUACAACUUCCACAACUUCCACAACCUCCACAACCUCCACAACCUCCACAACCUCCACAACCUCCACAACAACCACGACCACCACUACUACCACGACCACCACGACCACCACUACUACCACGACAACCACUACUGCCACAACCACCACGACCGCCGCUACUACCACAACCACAACCACCACAACCACAAGCACCACUACAGCUACCACUACAACAACUGCCACCACAAUCGCCACCACAACAGCCGGUGCUCAGCCGUGGAAACUCACCAAAGGCCCCUGCACCGUUGAUGCCUACGGUUGUAUUUUGAGCCCAAACUAUGACAAGGACGCGGCCACGAGGUACGACAACUACGAGGAGUGCGAGUUCGAUGUGGUUGAACCAAAACUAAUGGAGGUGGAAGACUUCAACGUGGAGAGUGGCUAUGACUAUUUGACGGUGAAUGGGAACAAGUACUCGGGCAGAAGGCGACCACAGGGGAAAGAACCCAGCGGAGAGAUAAAGUGGUUCUCGGAUUACUCCGGACCAAGACAAGAAAGGGCUGCGACUGCAAGCAGGCGUGGCGUUAUGCGGGCGUGAAUGCUCAGUAUUGCGGCAAUCCGGACAACGAUCCGAAUGGCCUAUGGUGCAAGGUGUCCGAUCGCAGCUGUCAGGGUAAUUGGUGGGGCUACUGCUAGCACUGCUAGCUGCACAACUGAGCCACCUGUGCUGCACCAUCCAGCCUCGCGAAGUCCGGCCACAAGUGCUGACAUAGAGAUUGAGACUUAUGUCUUUCGAUGUGAA